UGAAAAUAAUGAGAGAGGAAGUGGUAGUAUCCAGUGUAAAUGAUAAUACUGGCAAUUCUGUCACAACUGUGUAUGAUGUACCAGAAGCAUUGGACAGUGUCGAAGCAAGCAUUGCAUCUAAAGAAGGUCAAAUCCAAAAUCCAAAGGAUUUAGAAACUACUGACCCAUCUCUUCCGCCAUUGGAUGGUAGUCGAGGGUGGCUGGUGGUGUUGGGGGCCUUCUUUAUUCAAUUGCUUUGUUUCGGCACAGCCAGUGCUUGGGGUGUGAUGCAAGCUGCUUUUGAAAAAAUCUUUCAAGAUGUACCUGAUGCUCAAUUACAAUUAAGUUUUGCCGGUACUUUGUUAGAAGUAUUUGUCAAUAUGAUGGGACCUGUGGCUCAAAUUAUUAGAGCAAGAUAUGGGGUUAAAGUCUUAUUAGUAAGUGGUUCCUUAUUAGCCAUCAUUGGUUUGGAAAUGGCUGGAUUUACUACUCAGAUUUGGCAUUUAUAUCUAUGUCAAGGUGUUGUCUUUGGAUCUGGAGCAAGUCUCAUGUAUUGUUGUGUGAUGAAUACAGCCCCUAGAUGGUUUGAUAAGAAAAGAGGUCUUGCUAUGGGACUUGCAAGUUCUGGAUCUGGCUUGGGAGGUCUCAUUUUACCAUUCAUUUUGGAUGCUGUCAACAAAUCACUUGGAAUUGGUUGGACUUAUCGAAUUCUAGGAUUUAUUAUUCUUAUAUGCUGUGUAUUUGCCUGUGUCCUAGUGAAGGAACGAGUAAAACAACCACGACAGUCAAAGACAUUAUCAGAUUUAUUUGAUUUUUCUGUCCUCAAGGAUAUCAAUUACGUACUCUGGCUUCUUGGUUCUGUGAUCUCUCUCUCUGGUUUCUUUGUACCUUACUUCUUUUUGCCUUCAUACGCAGAUCAUAUUGGAUUAUCUUCAUCACAAGGUUCAGCAUUGGUUGCGGUUAUGUCGACUGGAAAUUUUUUGGGUCGUAUUAUUGUGGGCUUUACUGCUGAUAAAAUUGGUCGUUUGAAUGCAGAUAUCAUUUGGACCAUUGUUUGUGGUUUAAGCUCUUUCUUGAUUUGGAUGUUUGCCUAUAGCUAUGCUGUCCUCAUGGGCUUUUGUGUUCUCUUUGGUCUAUGCUGUGGAUCUUAUUUCACUUUAUUAUCUCCUAUUACAAUGGAUAUUGUUGGACAAGAUCGAUUCCCCACUGCUUUAUCUUUACUAUUGAUGGCGAAUAUUUUCUCUGUUUUUGGUCCUUCGAUUGCAAGUGGUAUCCAAACCAAAGUCGAAACUCCUUUUUUGGUCUACAAGUAUUUUACUGGUUCUUCUUAUGUAUUGGGUGGUCUCAUUUUAGUGGUAUUGAAGUUCAAGUUAUCCAGAAAUAUCUUGACAAAGAUGUGAUAUUCCUAGAUAUAGUUAUUACGUAGUUAUUAUUAUCAUUUAUACAUUCUUAUUAUUCAUAUAUUAUCAUAUCGGCUUUUUUUAAUAAAAUUCUCUGUUCCUCUAUUGGAU